ACGCAGGUUAGGAAAACGUGCACCAUGCAGUGACGUCACGUGACGCCGACGCCGACUGCCGUCUGGCGAGUGUAGUGAAAAUGCAGCAAUUAAAAGAAAGAAAGAAUAGACAGAAAGAAAGAAAAGCAAAGACAGAGCGCGCUAUAGUCUCAUGACCGCGGCAUGUAGAGAGGUAGAGAGAGAGAGGUAGAGAGAGAGAGAGAGAGAGAGAGAGAGAGAAGGCUAAUUUGCGCAGCGCGAGAGGCGUCGGGUUUAACGGCUCGGAUCGCGUGCUCGUCCGUGGCACGGUCCCGCUGACGUCACGCGCCGUACUGCGGCGGCAGCAUCAUGACCGGAGGAAGGGCAGAGACUCUGCGCCAAACUGGAGAACGGAGCGGGAUGUAAAAGAAAACACAACCCCUGCACUGUCGUCGCGGAUUAUUAUAUUUUUUUGGAAGGUGUUUCUGCGCAAAUGAGACUCUCUGCGUGUCAGCUUCACGGACCGUAAAUCAGCCGCCCACGCACGCGCCCACGCACGCGCACCCACGCCCACGCACCCACGCACGCACCCACGCACCCACGCUCACGCACGCAGUCACUCACUAUACACAGUGCCAACCAGCAUCUGGGAAGGACAAAUCCAGAAGCAUGGAUGUGAAGAACAUGCGAGAAUACAUGGGCUGGCUGUACUACCAGUAUCUCCUCAUCACGGGCAUCUACGUCCUGGAACCAUGGGAGAAGUCCAUCUUCAAUACGGUCCUCUUCACCAUGGUGGCCAUGGUGGUCUAUACUUCUUACGUCUUUGUGCCCAUCCACGUGCGCCUGGCACUGGAGUUCUUCUCAGGACUGUGUGGGGAGCAGCCAGAGAGUACCGUAGCGCUUAUGAACUAAAAAACUGAUGGGAUAUGGAUCUUUUUUUUUUUUUUUCGUCUCUUUCCUCAGGAAGAUUCAGGAGUGAUAAAAGAAGAAAAUGCAAUGUGAAAAGCCAUGUCCAAUCUAUCUUCUCCUUUCCCAUCUAGCCUCAUAGUGACAACGUGCAUGAUGGUGCAGGAUGGGACCCUGAAUGAGUGCUUGUGUUUUGCAUGACAGGACCAAUCCAUCACUUAUGAUCGUUUGCAUGUGGCUGAUUUGCCAGUGGUUUUACCCAUUAUUAAUUUCUGCAAUAUGGCUAUGAGACAAAGAGUGCACUAUUUGCUCUUGUAGAUGUCAGUUUCAUUUACAAACAUGUCAGUCUUGUUUGAGUACAUGUUUCUAUUCACAUUCCCUAUGCAAUGAGGCUGCUCCGAAUGCAAAAAUAAUGUUAACUGAUGUAAUAUUGAUUGUCUUGUAUGACUCCUGGUCAGUUAAAUCCAACUGAGCAAUAGCUGAACUUCUUCCUCGUGCUUUAAUCUCUUACUGUUCAAGCAUGACACAAGGUUUAUGUAUUACGCUCAAAUGACCUGGUAUGAAAAGAAAGAUUCUUGGAUCAGCAAACUGUCUUCCAUCCUGUACUGAACAGUGCAUGUGUUCACAUUUAGACUGAAGGGUUAUUAACACCUCGACUACCCGACACACCCUUCAUUGAUGCUGGGUCGUUAUUUUGUCUGUAUUUAUAUGAUAUGUCUGUAUAUAUUUAUCUACAGAAUACUGGAAUACUGAAUACUUGGCUGGUGACACAAUGACAGUAACCAACCAUUUUGCACACUUUUGUGCUCUUUAUGCCAUAUACGUAUUUUAUGAAUGUUCAAUUUGGAAAUCAUAUUGUGUUUUAUUUUUGAAGACUAUAUAUAGAAUAUAGAGUCACAGAUGUCCUGACAUUUUAUAUGACAAUUCAUAGAUUCUGAUAUGUAUAUGCACAUGAUACAUUUAGUCAGUGAAUGUUUCUUUUUUUAUUACAUGAAGUUGAUUUUUCACAAAUAAAGUAAUUUUACAAUAUAUA